UCUCCUCUCCAAAUGUCAUCAGCUGUUUAUACUUUCACCACUUUCCUCCUGGCCGCUCCAACAUCCCAUUCCAAAUUCCUCUAAAGAUUACCUUCCUCUGCUAAAAAAAAUGGCCACCACAGCUCCGGUGAUCAUGCGCCUUAUGGCCUCCUCCAUAAACACAGCCAAGCGCGCCGGCGGAAUCAUUCGAGAUGUGCUCAAGAAAGGCGAUCUUGGUAUCGUGGACAAGGGCAAGAACGAUCCACAGACGGAGGCGGACCGCUCUGCCCAGCGCUGCAUCAUAGCCUCGCUGACCAACAAGUUUCCCAAAGUGAAGAUCAUUGGCGAGGAAGGUGGCUCCGAUUUAAACGUUUGCGACGAUUGGCUGGUCACGGAGCUGGAUGAAUCGUUCCUGCAGCAAAGCUGCCCGGCAGAGUGGCAGGAUGCCCGGCCCGAGGACUUUGUGGUAUGGGUGGAUCCGUUGGACGGAACAGCAGAGUACACACAGGGAUUUGUGGAGCACGUCACUGUACUGAUUGGCAUAGCUGUCAAGGACGCAGCCGUGGGCGGCAUCAUCCACCAGCCCUUCUACCAGCAGCCCGACGGCGAGCUGGGUCGCACAAUUUGGGGCCUCAAGGGUCUCGGAACGGGUGGAUUCACCGCAGUGCCAGCUCCAGCCGGUCAGUUCAUCAUUACCACAACUCGCUCGCAUUCCAAUGCCCUGCACCAGCAGGCUCUCAAUGCCUACGCAUCCACUGAGGUUUUAAAGGUGGGCGGCGCUGGCUUCAAGGUGCUACAGUUGCUGGAGGGGAAGGCACAUGCCUAUGUGUUUGCCACACCGGGCUGCAAGAAGUGGGAUACCUGUGCACCCGAGGCAGUGCUCGAAGCGCAGGGCGGUUGCCUAACCAACAUCAAUGGCGAGCACUACGCGUACAAUGCUGAUGUGGAGCAUGUGAAUCGAAAAGGAGUGCUGGCCAGCCUGGGACAGAAUCAUUCCGAUCUGGUGGAGAAGAUACCCGCAGAAGUGCGAGCGGCAGUUGGAGCCAAGUGAAAGCAAAGGCUGUGAGUGUGUGGGCACUUUAUUUUAUUCUUAAUUUUGAACUAAAAGUAAAAACAUACAUAAAUUAAGCGAUAACGAAGGGAUACAAAAUCAAGAUCGUAAAAAUUACAAGUUGAAACUUUGAAAAAAGCUUAA